AUGGAAAAAAUGUCUCUCAAGCUUCUCUUCCUGUUCUCCCUCACUAUCAUAGUCUUUUGUUCGUAUUUAGGUGAUUCAAGAGAGAUGGCGAAGGAAGAGGUGAACUGCUUGCCGCCGGUAGCACCUAUAAUGGACACUUACGAGACUAAUGCAUCUUGCCGUCGAGACAAUGAAUGCAUUAAGCACUGUCCUAAAGGCUGCAAGAUUGUUAACUGUAAUUUUGGAACCUGUUUCUGUGAGUGCUAA